AUGUCUUACUCCACCAGUAAGACGCCAGCAGUAAUGCCAUGCAGGAUGAUGCAAGGCCAUACUCGCUGGGUAAAUGGCGUUAUGCAUCUGCACGGUGGAGGUCACAUCAUCACAUGUUCUACGGACGGCUCACUCCGACUAUGGGGCCUAGAGAGCGGUACACAGAUAGGAGAGGACUGGCAAGAUGAGGGGGACAAUGCAGGAGUGUGGUCCAUGGCAUUAUCUCCAAAUGGCGAGACAAUUGCAAGUGGACACGAUAAUGGGGAAGUGAGGUUAUGGAACAUUGAGACGAGGAGGGUUAUCACCAGAUGGACAGGACGCAGCAACGUUGUGUGGUCAUUGUGCUGGAGUGCAGAUGGUAACCAAGUACUGAGCGGAUCCCGGGAUGGGACGGUAAGAAUCUGGGAUGUCAAGAGCGGCAAGACUGUCCUGACAAUUAAAACCGGGCACAAGUGGAUGAAUGCAGCUGUGAUAUACCCACCUGAUGCAACAAAAAUUGCGACCGGUGGAGACGACAAGGAUGGAGUCAAAAUCUGGGAUGCAAAGACAGGCAAACUGUUCAAGACGCUCAUAAGUGGCCAGAUAUUCGACACAACCACUUGGGAGGAGAUCGUCGUCCUGGAGGGUCACACAGACUGGGUCAAUGCCACCUCCUUGUCUGGAAACGGACACAUCCUUGCAAGUGCAUCUGUUGACAAAACAGUGUGUCUAUGGAACCUCGACACCAACCGCCAAGUCGUACCCCUCGAGCACGAAGAUGUUGUGCGCUGUGUAGCCCUUUCUCUUGAUGGAAAGGUGCUAGUCACUGUUUGCCCAAACGGCAAUGUGUACACAUGGGACAUCCAUGCCAUUCUCAAAGUGCUGGCCACUGGUACCAACAUUGCACCAAAAUACAUACUUGAACAGAAGGCAUCUCAAGACGAUAAGUGCACCCCCCGCUCUUCGAUCAGUAACAAGUCAUUUUUGGAAGCUGAUGCCACACGAUGUCACGACGAGUUCGGCGGUGUUGAUGAACUCUCACCAAGGUUUUUUGACGGCAUGGAAGCCGAUGUCGAUUCCUCCCCAACGGGUAGUACCCACCCUCACUCCUCUGCAACUCCUCUCCUCGUUCGCAUUUUCUUGCUCCUCAACCGCUUUCGAUUCAACAAGGCUGAAGUGACAGAACUUCCGCAACCCUCAACGCCUUCGGGGUUACAUCUACGGGUGCUUUUUGCUCGCCUGUUCUCACUCGUUCACCGUUCACCACCUGAAAAUGAUGCAGCAACCGAACUUCAGCAAUCCUCCACGCCUUCGCAGUUAGAUCCACAUGUGCUCCUCAUUCGCCUGUCCUCACUUUGGCCCCGCCACCGACUCAAUACCGACGAAGAAACCGAACCUCACCCCAUGACACCUUCAGAAAUUGAACUCUCGCAAUAUACAAGGCGUCCCCAUGUUGUCGAAGUGGCUGCAGUGCGGGACAGGGAGGUUAUAUUUACUGCUCCACCACUGCCACAAAAAACACAUCAGCAAACCCAAUCGGACACCCAGGGACAUGCGCAUUCUCUACCGGUUCGAAUGUUGGCUCAUCUCGUGCUUUUUCUCUGUUGCGCAUCUCCUCAACACGCCGACACCAAUACACAAUCAACACAGCAGCAUGGCCAACCGCAAGGCCAAGUCCAGGCCCAGGUGUCAUCAUCGCAGACUUGGCCUGCUACCCCCUUGGCGUCUGCGACACCUCCUGCUCCUGCUGUUAGUACUGCUGCGCCAGGUGCAGCAAGUGCGUAG